CCUCGACUCCUCCCCCUCGAGUAGUUUCCAGCCUCAGCCCCUUCCUUCCCCUUGUCGGGACUCCUCGCCGGCACCAACCUAAGGCGGAAGCUCGGCGAGGAGAAAGGGGACGGAUGAGGCCCGCACGGUCGGGCAUUAUGAAAGACCUCAUCGCUAGUCCUUCCGGUCAGUCAAAACAAGGCUUAUCAACCCCCAACCCCCCGGCGCAGGAGGUAAGGACUGAGGGAAACAGCACCUCCAAAAAGAGAAGGUUGAAUAUCAGCAGCAGCGAUAAGGACGAUUUGGACCCCCUGUCGCCCCCCAGAAACUCCUCUUCCUCCUCUAACCACAUCCAAAAGAAGCUGCGUUUUGAAGACACUUUGGACUUUCUAGGACUCGAUGUGAAGAUGGCCGAGGAGUCUCCUUCUUCUUCCUGCUCAUCCUCCUCUACUCCCCAGGCAGUGAGGAGUAAAAACCUGCUCAUCUCCCCAGUGGGCGUUGGGCAUCAUGCCAAUGGCCUCACAAAAGCCUCACCCGUGUCCAGUUUUGCCAACAGCAAGCCUGGCUCAGCCAAGAAGUUAGUCAUCAAGAACUUUAAAGAUAAACCAAAAUUGCCUGAAAAUUACACAGAUGAAACAUGGCAAAAGCUUAAAGGCGCCGUGGAAGCCAUUCAAAAUAGCACUUCAAUUAAAUACAACCUGGAAGAACUCUACCAGGCUGUGGAAAACCUUUGCUCUUACAAAAUAUCUGCAAACCUUUAUAAACAGUUGAGACAAAUCUGUGAAGACCACAUCAAAGCACAAAUUCAUCAGUUCAGAGAAGAUGCAUUGGACAGCGUUCUUUUUCUGAAGAAAAUAGAUAAAUGUUGGCAAGAUCACUGCAGACAAAUGAUCAUGAUUAGGAGUAUCUUUUUAUUUCUGGAUAGAACGUAUGUUCUUCAAAAUUCAAUGCUACCAUCAAUUUGGGAUAUGGGUCUAGAGCUGUUUAGAAAUCACAUAAUCAGUGAUCAGAAAGUUCAGAACAAGACUAUUGAUGGCAUCCUCCUGCUAAUUGAAAGGGAAAGGAAUGGCGAGGCUAUUGACAGGAGUUUAUUGAGAAGCCUUCUUAGUAUGCUUUCUGAUUUGCAAAUUUAUCAGGACUCUUUUGAGCAGAGGUUCUUGGAAGAAACAAAUCGUUUGUAUGCAGCAGAAGGACAAAGACUCAUGCAAGAAAGAGAGGUCCCAGAGUACCUUCAUCAUGUGAACAAACGCUUAGAAGAAGAAGCAGAUAGAGUUAUAACAUAUUUAGAUCAAAGCACACAAAAGCCAUUAAUUGCCACUGUAGAAAAACAGCUCCUAGGUGAACAUUUAACAGCCACCCUUCAGAAAGGCUUGAACCACCUGCUGGAUGAAAAUCGAAUCCAAGACCUUUCCUUGCUUUAUCAGUUAUUUAGUCGAGUCAGGGGUGGGGUGCAAGUCCUUUUGCAGCACUGGAUCGAGUACAUCAAGGCCUUUGGCAGUACUAUUGUGAUUAAUCCAGAGAAAGAUAAGACAAUGGUACAGGAGCUGUUGGAUUUUAAAGAUAAAGUGGACCAUGUAAUUGAUGUCUGCUUCCUAAAGAACGAGAAGUUUGUCAAUGCCAUGAAAGAAGCAUUUGAAACUUUCAUUAACAAACGACCAAAUAAACCUGCUGAAUUAAUUGCAAAAUAUGUUGAUUCUAAACUUCGGACUGGGAACAAAGAAGCCACGGACGAAGAACUUGAGAAGAUGUUGGAUAAAAUUAUGAUCAUUUUUAGGUUCAUUUAUGGAAAGGAUGUAUUUGAGGCCUUCUACAAGAAAGAUUUGGCAAAGAGGCUGCUAGUUGGUAAAAGUGCAUCGGUAGAUGCUGAAAAAUCUAUGCUUUCCAAAUUGAAGCAUGAAUGCGGAGCUGCAUUUACCAGCAAACUUGAAGGAAUGUUUAAAGACAUGGAGCUGUCUAAAGACAUAAUGGUUCACUUUAAGCAGUACAUGCAGAACCAGAAUGUCCCUGGCAACAUUGAGCUUACAGUAAAUAUUCUAACAAUGGGGUACUGGCCAACAUAUGUGCCUAUGGAAGUUCAUCUACCACCAGAGAUGGUGAAACUACAGGAGAUUUUUAAGACCUUUUACCUGGGAAAGCACAGUGGUAGAAAGCUACAAUGGCAAUCAACUCUAGGGCAGUGUGUUUUAAAAGCUGAAUUUAACGAGGGCAAGAAAGAACUUCAAGUCUCUCUGUUCCAAACACUGGUGUUGCUUAUGUUUAAUGAGGGCGAUGAAUUCAGCUUAGAAGAAAUUAGGCAAGCUACUGGCAUAGAGGAUAGUGAAUUAAGGAGAACCCUUCAGUCCUUAGCCUGUGGCAGAGCUAGAGUCCUUGUCAAGAGUCCCAAGAGUAAGGAUGUCGAUGAUGGGGACAAAUUUACAUUCAAUGAUGAUUUCAGGCACCAGCUGUUCAGAAUACGGAUUAACCAGAUACAGAUGAAGGAAACGGUGGAAGAACAAGCAAGCACUACAGAAAGAGUUUUUCAGGACAGACAGUACCAAAUCGAUGCAGCAAUUGUUCGGAUUAUGAAGAUGAGGAAGACUCUUAGUCACAAUCUUCUGGUGUCAGAGGUGUAUAACCAGCUUAAAUUCCCAGUCAAGCCAGCAGAUCUGAAGAAGAGAAUAGAAUCAUUAAUAGAUAGGGACUACAUGGAAAGAGACAAAGAAAAUCCAAAUCAAUACAAUUAUGUUGCAUAAAGCUUAGCCUCAGCUAUUACCUGUCAUUCACUUGCUGGAGGAUAAAGAGAUCAUUAGCCUGUUACUCCGAUUGAAAUAAACUUUUCUACAUCAGAAAAUUCAAGGAAACAAAAACUGCAUUCAGAAGACCGAGUCAGCAGUUCCUUCAGUGAAUAAAACUGCCCAUUUAAAGAGUACACUUUACAUUUAAACAGAAUGCUGUUGAACUCUUUGCAUGUUAUUUAGAAUGAUGUGCAUAGUGACUGUAAGAACUGUAAUGAUACCAGGGUUCUGUCUGUUAUAUGGGCUGAAGAAAAUUAAAUUGGAAUGUGGCAUACCUUGCUCUGAUGAAAUCAUCGGUUGGAGUAGGCUCUUCUCCUGGAGCUGCAUGCAGUUAAUUCAAAUGUAGCCGGCUAGAGACGUGAGAGGAGACUUGCCUAUGCCCAAAUACAUCUAACAUGACCCAGUCAAAUUUAUCCAGGACAUUUUUGGCACUUCUGUCACAACCAAAACAGGAGGCAUAGUACAAGUAUCUUGAAGAUGUAACAAGUAUGUGAGGUUAAGUACUAGUGUUUAUUGCGUCAACUAUUUUAUAUGAUGUAUAAAAUGUAGAGUGGCUUGUAUUUAACGCAUUGACCAAGCUGGGACUGUAUGGGAAAUUGCAGUACCGACCCACAACCUUCAAUUGCCAUUCAGCUAAACACUACGAGAUCUAGAUGCUUGUUCGGCAACACAAGAUAUCAAGUCCAUCUAUAAUGGCAGAGAGAGAGUGAGUUUAUUUAGAUGCUUGUGUGUCUUAAAUAGAAAUGAUAUUGUUAAAUGGAACUAAAUUUCCAUUUGCAUCAACUGCAGUACACAGUUGUCAUUGCUGCAUCAGUCUGAGGAAGAGUAGACCAUAGCUUACAAUUCUGGACCAGUGGGUGUAUGAAGCAUCACGUAUUGUGACUCUUAGUAAGGCGUGCGCUGAGCCUUUGAAGCCUCACUCAUUGUGACCUCUAGUUUAAUAGGCGUGAAACCCCCUUUUUUUUUUUUUUUUAAUGCCCCUUUGGGUUUUAAACUAUGGCAUGCUUAUAGUUGGGCAGCUACACACUCAUGUUCAUCCGCUGUUAAUUCCUAGGGGUCCCAUGUAUUUUGUGCCUUGAUCAAAAACUGAAAACAUAGAAUUUGUUCUGCAGAUGGAGUAUUUUUGUCUUGGGGUUUUUCUUUAGUUAAGAGAGAAAAAAUAGGAAAUAAAUACUUUUGGCUUUUAUAAACCUAGAGUUGGUCAAUGCUUCUCCCUUCACACCAUAAGGGAGGCUGUUUGUAAUCACUCUUCCAGCUCUGAUCACUGCAUUUGCUUCUGGGGAUUGCGUUCUUCCACUCUUAUAUCCUACAUCGCCACUUACCUUCUCUCCUUACACUAGAAGCGGAUGCAGCCACAUACAGGGUUACCAAAGUUGCCUUUUUUAAUUUUGACAGUUUUAAUUAUUCUCACAAAACUCUGCGUGGGGAACCAUUUUUGCUCGACCUCCUCUAGUGCAUUCUGCAGUGAUAAGUUUGUCGCAUGGUUCAAGCACUGGAAAAAUCGGCCACUUCCUCUUUCCAUUUGCAAGAUUUAAUGGAAAUUGCACAUUUCUACACAAAACUGCUCCAAAUUGCAACUGAAAUGUUUACAUAAGAAUAUAACUUUGUGUAUGGGCCUUGGAAUUGGAGUUUUUAAUUUCAGCAAGCUUUAGAGAGCCAGUAAUAUCCCCUUUGUCAGCAUUGUCAUGAAUAGGGCUUGUACUUGCACAAACCAGGAAGGGGGAUACCCUUUUUAGUGCAAGAAAUAACAAACACCAUAGGCAACAAGUAUGUUCAGUACAAACCCUAUUCAUUGGACUAAUAUUUAACAAGGGUUUUACUGGCCCUCACCAAGGUCUGCUCUGGUGAUGUUCCAUUUUUGGCACAAGAAGCCAAAAUACAUCCUUUGCAGCCUGCAUGCUGUUUUUCUAAGGGAUGAAAAUUAGUGUUGUAUAAAUAAUGAUAAUUUCAAAUAAAGAAAGGGGAAGUUCAUAGAAUUUUAACUGUCAUGGCCCAAAGUUAGCCUUUCAGUCAUUCCCUAUAGUUAUUGGGCUGUUAAAAGGACUAUUUUCCUAUCUCUCUGGUCAGUUUGUUCUUGGAAACAAGGCUAUUAUACAUUUAGGGAAUUGUUGUAAUAAUGUUUAGAAAUUAACCUGGCAAGUCUCAUAGAUACCAGCCAUUUAAAAACCGUAAAGGGGAACUGUUGCUAUUAUAAAAAAAAAAAAAAUCCACUAAACUGUAGUAGAUGUUUAACAGUAGUAAUUAUUUUUCAUAAAAAAGGGUUAAAUAUGUUUCUUUUAUUUUUUUGAGAUAUAAAUGGAUUAUUAUUAUGCUUCCUUAACCAAAUCGUUUUCCUGCUGCAAACAACGGAACCAUGCAGUUGGUGCACUGAGAGCUCUUGGCGACUUACGGCAUUGGUGUGUUGGCUGCAAACUGAAAAAGGUUAGGUUGAUGGACCUAAAUCUGUCAAGUUUUUAUAUUUAACAUCUGCUAUAGCUAAGUCUACUGCCACAAGGGGCGGAUUCUUAGCCUGCAUAUAUGCUUGAGAAUCGGCCAAUCUGCAUGAUCCGGCAUCUACGGCCUGGGUGCAGCCAUACUCCUGUUUGUGAAAUCUGCACCCCGGCCAAUGCAGUGCCUGUGAGUACAGACACCGAGGCCAGUGGAUUGGCUGAUUCUCGCUCUAGAAUUGGCCCCGUGUGGCAGGAAUUUCUUUCAAAAUAACAACAAUUCCCCUGUAACUACAAGCCCAUAAAUUAUUUUUUUUUCUUCAUUGCAAAACUGCCACAUUUGCAUAUAUUUUAAGUGCUGUGAAAUAGGGAAAUGUUGCAUCUUCUGCUUUCAGUUUGUCACAUGGUGCCAAAGGCGAGGCAGGCAAAUGACACAUGUAUUGAAAUAAUGCGAAGCAUUUUUAGUUUUAUAUCAUUGAUUAUUUUAUAAGGGCGAAGGUUCAGCGUCAUGGGCGUUCGUUUUAAUUGUUUUAUAUUGACCAGUAACCCGGUGCCUCUUCUCAGGUGACGUGUUUAAUUACAGGACAUUUGCUCACUUCCAUAUUCAAUGGGAAAAUACACUGAGUAGGCUUUUUAAAUUUUUUUUUUUUAAUUUCCCUUACAUAGACCUUACAGUAUAUAUAAAGGCAUUCCAGCUUGCAUCAAUCAGUUUAAAUGAAGCUGCCAUCUUGCCAGCUGUAUUGCUCAUAGAUCGCUUGCACUGUUACCCUGAUGGGAGAGAAAACGAAAAGAGCUCAACUUUGUUGUAUAGUAUUCAAUAAAUACCAAUAAUUUAUUUACGCCAGUUGGCCCCUCUGAUGCUGUGCAAGAAGUGUCACAAGAGAUCUGACUGCAGAGUGAAAUGACACUGUGUCUAUGCUGGUGGAGUUGUCUUUAUAUUUCUAUAUAGAUUGGCUCUUGCAACAAGCAAUAUGGCAGCUCCCACGUAUUAUAUACUGAGGAUGGGUAUUCUGUAUGCACAACAAAUCUUAACCAACGUGUGCCAUCAUAUGCUAAGGUAAGGCAUGUAGGAUCAGCUGACAGCAGGCACAGCACUGAGCAAUAUUUUGGCUGUGGUCAAUCAUUAACAACCACACAAGGGUUUUUAUUGCUGCCAACCAUUCAGCUUGUUUGUUUAUAAGCUCUAUCCGCACUGUAAGGAUGAAAUAAUAUUUGGGGAGGGAAGGGGGGGAGAGUGCAGCAGCAUUCAGAAAUGUAACUUUUCACAGCAGUGGUCGGCAUCCAGCAAAAUAAUGUCACCGUGCAAUGAGCUCGCUCUGGCCAUAUGACUAUGGAUAAUAAAUAACUUGUAUUUGUUCACUGUAGCAGAACUCUGAUUUACAAGGGAACUUGUGAGCGUAUCGCAUCAUUUUUUUGAAGCAAAACAUUUUUAAGUCUGACAAGGGUACAAGGUCUUUAUAAGUUGAUAAAUAAUGUAAAUAUGUGUCCCCCCCCCCACGAAGAAGAGUGAGUCUGUUAUCUAGGUAUUUUGUGUCAUUUAAUAAAUAUUAAACUGUUGUGUUGCUAAA